AGAUGGCGAUGAAAUCUGGGCAAGAUGGCGUCCGGUCAAUAGACGAAGAGCAGGGAGGCCGGAGGUGCUCCGAGGUUCGUGGGUGUUCUCAGCCCGGAGCUGGAGAGCCUUUGAGGCCGUCUAUCAUUGACAUUUUUUUCUCUACCGUAGUGAAACGAUCGACACGCGAGUGAAACGUAAAAAUGUUUCGUGAGGGAGUGCGCGUUACAUAUAUGUCGGCUUGAACGUGCCGUGUUUCUCGAACUCGAAAGAUGCUGCCAUGUAAAGCGACGAUAGAGGAGGCGCCUUCGCGAAACUGUCAGGAAGAUCGUCGUCGUCGUACGUGAGUCAGUGCGCUCGGUCGAUUGAAAGAAGGCACGUACGUACAAAAUGGCUUCAGGCGACAAUGUGGACGUGAUCGAAGUGGUCGAGACAAGCUUCUCUGGCCCGGCACAGGCCACGGAGGAUCAUCUCAGGCCAGAACAGUACGCGGACGAGGACAGUAAAUCUACAGGGGAUAAGGUGACAACAUUUGAAAGCUCGGUAAAUCAACAUGGCACCACGGGCCCCAAGACCCCUGUGGGGGUGUCGAGGAACAAAUCGGAGCGAGAGAGAAAGAUCGGCCACAGGAGAGUUGGAGUGGGAGGUGAAAUCACGUACAAAAAGAUCCAAACGACACAAAUCAUGGGCUCCAUCCAGCUAGGCAUCCAACAUGCAGUCGGUGGGUUGGCCAGUAAACCAGAGCGUGAUUUACUGAUGCAAGAUUUCAUGACUGUAGAAACGACGAACUUCCCAAGCGAGGGAUCCAAUCACACUCCAGCUCAUCAUUUUUCGGAAUUUAAGUUCAAAAAUUACGCACCUAUUGCAUUUCGUUACUUUCGGGAUCUCUUUGGCAUUCAACCGGAUGAUUUUUUGAUGUCGAUGUGUAGCGCUCCGUUACGCGAAUUGUCAAACCCCGGCGCUAGUGGAAGUAUCUUUUAUCUAACAGAUGAUGACGAGUUCAUCAUAAAGACUGUACAACACAAAGAAGGAGAAUUUUUACAGACGCUUCUUCCAGGAUAUUAUAUGAAUCUAAAUCAAAAUCCAAGGACAUUAUUGCCAAAGUUCUUCGGAUUGUAUUGCUAUCGGUGUAAUAGUAAAAAUGUUAGAUUAGUCGCUAUGAAUAAUCUUCUGCCCUCGUCGGUGAAAUUGCAUCAAAAGUAUGACUUGAAAGGAUCAACAUACAAGAGAAAGGCAUCGAAAUCAGAAAGAUCUAAAUCUUCUCCAACAUACAAAGAUUUAGAUUUCAUGGAACACCAUCCGGAAGGGAUCUUUUUGGAGGCAGACACGUAUAGUGCCCUAGUUAAAACUAUUCAGAGAGAUUGUCGGGUGUUGGAAAGCUUUAAAAUCAUGGAUUACUCUUUACUCGUUGGUCUUCAUAACCUCGACCAGGCUGCAAGAGAAAAAGCGCAGGAGCAGAGAUUAUCAGCGAGUGCGGAGGAAGAAGUCGGUGAAGUGGGAGGUGAGAGUACAGCACUUACUCAAGCAGAAAAAGAACGGGAACGAGAGGACAGAAUAGGAGCCAGCGCUCUGAACCGAUCACGAAGCAUAAAUCGACAAAGGUUGGUUGCGCACAGUACCGCUAUGGAGAGUAUUCAGGCUGAAAGCGAGCCGAUAGACGAGGAGGACGAUGUACCCAGUCCAGGUGGAAUUCCUGCUCGUAAUGCCCGCGGCGAACGCCUUCUACUUUUCCUUGGUAUUAUUGACAUUUUGCAAAGUUACAGGCUUAAGAAAAAAUUAGAACAUACUUGGAAGUCGAUGAUACACGAUGGUGAUACUGUGUCUGUACAUCGGCCAGGUUUUUACGCGCAACGUUUCCAAGAUUUCAUGGCGAAGACAGUAUUCAAGAAAAUACCAUCACUGGACCUGCCUGAGAUUAAGGGGAAUCAUCGCAAAUUCCGUAACCUCGUCACCAGCUACAUAGUCUUUGCUCAAACGUUGAAACAUUCCCCAUCGAAGAGAAAAAGCAUAACCAGGCCUCUCAGGCCCUUGGACGGCGACUUCGAUUCAACCGCGGUGCCGACAACCGGAACUUCGACAAUGCAUGCUACGUCACCCACGAAGGCUGUAACCCCGACAGACGCUGCGAUCAGCACGACCAGCACGGUGAUGUCAACCGGUUCCGCGCCAAUCGCCACCUCCACCCCCGUGAACUUCGCCGCGGGCCCGGUGAGUCCGCCUCCGUUGACCUUGGCCGCCGGUCCAGGCCUUUCUCAUCACGAGCCACCGGUGACGACCUCAGCGGCCAAGGUCACGAGCUACCCAGCCGUCCUGAAGGGCAGGACCGCCGCCAGUCCACCGAAUCCAAAUCUGGUACCCUCCGGCAAGAUUCCACCCCCUGUUCCUCCAAGAGGUACCGGUCAAUCGAGGACCACGAGGUCCUCUGAGGAGCACCGUGGCCCUGGAACAGCCACCUCCACGUCCUCGAUGACAUCCAGCCGAGGUGGCACCCUUCCUUCCACUUGUUCCACCCCGCCCCCGCCCUUUGACGAUGCAGUGCGCUCAAAUGACCAGACCUUGGCUUCUGGUGGUCAACUUCAACAGGGUGCACCGACCACGAUCUUAGCGAGCAGUCUAAGCAGUGCUCACUCCAAGCAGAACAAGGUUGUGCACCAUGUCACUCUCACAAAGACUUAUCACGAUGCCGUGAGCAUAUCCGACGUACACUUGGAAAGCAGCGGUAGCGGAAGCGGAAGCGGCGGGAGGGAAACGAAAUCUUCGUUGAGCGUAGAAAGCGGCGGUAGUAGUCGAGGAGGUGGGGGUCUGACCUGGACACCACCCGCUGGCAGCGCCGAGGGCUCUACGCCCACCUGGACAGAGGGCACGCCGUCCUUUACCGAGAGUUCCAGCAGCGGUGACGCAGGUUGUCCGACCACACCGAUCAGGGGCAGCCAGCGUCACGAUGACGGAGGGAGAAUCGUUGCCACCGUCGAGGAGGCGCUAGCCAGUCUUACUACAGAAAUGACCCACCUGUAGUCAAGCAAAAAACGAAGAUAGUUGUAGAAAAAAAGUCAAAUGAAAAACACAUAAAAAAAGAAAAUACAAAUUUGUAUGUACGAGAGAGAGAGAAAGAGAGAAUUGACUGCGGAGCCUGUGAAUCCUCGCUGUCGGCGCAUUUAGAAACCCUCCCCCUCCGGAAUUAGCUUGAAAAUGCAUUAGGACGUAAAGUAAUUGAUGUAAGUUCAACAGAAAGCAGGCAUAUAAGUGUGCGCAUUUUAAACUGUAUUUAUAGAGUGUGCCGAAAAUAUCCGACCACGGAAGCGGCUUUUAUUCAUCCGUGCCGUGAUACAUACGGAUUUUUCCACGAAGAAAAAGUGAAAGCUAGAUUCUUGUAAUUGUAUUUUUCAUCACACGAUUGAUUUUCGUCAUGUCAUCCUUUACUACUUUUGUGAUAUCUAGUUGCAGAAUUUUUAUACGUUUAUAAGAAAUUUUAGGAUGCAAAAGUGCAUGAAAUACAUAUAAAUUGCAAAAAUGCAUAUAGACUUCGAAUAUAGAAAUAUAUAAAAAAGAAAAUAUAAAAAUAUUUCAAACGAAAUAUAAAAAUGGUAAUGUUUCUUUAUAUUUAUCUAGAAAAAUAUAAAUUUGCAUAAAUGUCAGUAAUCUCUUAUUUAUCUAUUCUUUUAAUCGUCCCUUUUAUUAUUACAGUUUUUUUUUUUUUUUAUUGAAAACAACAUGACAAAAGGAUAAUUUCGGAACACUUUAUAUUAGCAACUAAGAGAUCGAUUCGAGACGUCAUUUUGUUUCUUCAACGUUCUCUUAAAUCAUCUCAGAUUUUCCACUUUUUCUCCGAAAAGCUCGAAUAAACCGAUGGUAAAGAAAAUAAAGCAAACGUCUCAAAUCGAUGAUAGACAAUUUAGUUAUUUAUUUUUCUAUUGUUUUACUGCUAUGUACCGCCAGGAAGUUGCAGUUUCCUUAGCAGGACUCUCGUUCUGGCUCAAAUGUACAAUGUACACAGAACGCUGGAUAAACGCAUCUUAAAUCCUCUUUCGGAAAGACUGCGUGCGUUUAUGUCCUCCGUUAAUUUUUCUUCCUUUUUCUGCCUAUUUUUGUCUUUAGUUCGUCUAUUUUUCGACGACUGUCGAUACCGCGUGAUAUCUUGAUUUCGCGUAGCCAGAUGUUAAAUCAUCUCAGAUUUUUAGUGUCUGAAAGCGAUGUAAAAAUCGAUUCGUGAAAACGCGAUGGCAAAUUUUUAAAAUUUGAUCCUCCUUCGAAACAACAACUGGAGAAUUUAUUGAGAAUUGCACGACUACACGUGUACAGCGUAUACUUUGUACAUUUAGAGAAUUAAUAUAUUAUUAUCCCUGUACACUACCAUUAGUUCGUGAGUUUAAAAGUCUGUUCCCCAGUCUUUAAUCGUCCAAUUGAAGAUAUACCUAAAACAUUGCAUGGUAUUCUUACGAAAGGUCAAUCUUCGAUUUACAAUCUAUUAAUUAAAUUAAUUAAUGAGGUAUGAGUGUUACAAUAAUCAAGCAGCAUCAACAAGUUUAAUCUUUUCAUUGAGAAAUUCUUAAGUGUUUAAUUCGUUCUAUAAUUAAACGUUUCUGUAAGAAAUCUCUCACACAUACACGCAUCACGAAGUAACAAAUACUUCCAAACAAUUUAAUUCGUAUAAAUUGCGGUCGCCAUUCCAAACAGAGCGACUCGAACAUGAUCGUUUUCGUGAAAAGAAAAGUUUCGGAAAAUCGCAGAUUCCGUUUAGGUUCGCUGGAAGUUAAGCACUAGAUGUUAGCUUGGAAUAUCAAGACGGACAAACGGAAUCGCUGGCGUCGACUAUGCAUUAGGAACUCGGUGCACUUGAAUAUCCUUUCAAGUGGUUCUCGCGACGUUCCUCUAGAAGAGAAAAGAAAUCGCGUUGUCACUGCUGUAUAUAUUUACUAAAGGGUAUUGCUUGUAUCUUGUAUGUAUGAAAAAAGGUAUCUACUCGUAUGUUUGUAUAUUAUAAAUAUGUACGUACACAGAUAUACAUUAACAUACAUAUAUACACAGACACAGAUACACAUUGACAAACAUACAUAACCGAGUUACACACUAAUAUACAUAUAUACAUAUACAUAAACACACGGUCGAUUAUCAUCGAUUAUCAUGUACAUCGAUGCAUUUAUUAUGGCGCGUGCGACCGUGUGCACACACUUGCAUUUUCCUCAAGAGUCACAAUCUUGAUACCUCAUUUUGCUUGUACACGGCCGAUCGCAGCGAUAAUGUACGAUAUAAGGGUGAAUAAAUUAUUGUUGCGUUCUAUUUAUUUAUCGAAGGACGAUGGUCCUUCCAUCGUAAAAAGUUCCGAAUCGUACCUAGGAAGAUUUCGUUCGAUUCUCGAGGGAGAUCUUCCUUUGGCAAUAAUUGUUGUAACAAUAAAGUUUGCGAUGAAAAUUA